AAUGGGCCCGCUCACAUUCACAACAGCAAAGUCAGUGUCGCUCGGGACUUGGUGAAGAGUGAACGUGUGCGAAAAUUUUCGCCUAAAGCCGGCGACCGCGUGUGCGAUACCAUCAAAACGAAAGUGACUACCAAUAGUCGACUCACAUAUUUAAUCUUUGGCAGUGAAGUUUAAAAAUAUGUGUGUUUUUAUUUAGUGUUGUGUUAGUUCUUGUUUAUCGGAUAUCUGUGUCGAAGGUACCGAGGAGCAUCUCAUUUGAAACCCUAUUAAUUUCUACAUAAGCAACAUGUGGUCAGCUAAGAAGUGUUCGGACAACAGUGCCAGCACCCCCUCAGCGGAGGAGGAGAUCAAGGUGGUGCUGGUGGGAGACACGCAGUGCGGCAAGACGUCGCUGGUGCAGAGGUUCGUCUCUGACACCUUUAUUGAUGCCUACACACCUACCGGCUUCGAGAAAUAUGGCUGUUCCUGCACUGUUGCUGACUACAGAGUUAAUUUCUCCGUUUGGGACACAUCGGGUACAACGGCAUACGACACAGUGAGGCCGCUCGCCUACCAAGACGCGCGGGUGUUCAUGCUGUGUUUCAACAUCGCUGAGCCCGAGUCCUUGCACAAUGCUGCUGCUAAGUGGUACAGAGAAGUGAGAACACACGGCGGUUCAGCCCCGGUGCUGCUCUGCGGCUGCAAGGCUGAUCUGCGGCACGAGAAGGAGACGCUCACCAUGCUGUCCAAGCUUAGAACACAUCCAGUCACCAGUGAAGAGGCUUUAUCAGUAGCAAGACAGCUGGGAGCGAUGACCUACGUAGAGACAUCAGCUAGAGCAUCCACCAAAGGCGUGAAAGACGCCUUCGAAGUAGCCGCACUAGCCGCCCUCGGGAAACUAAACAAACAGCAAAUGAAGCAACAGCAUUCCAAGCGGAUUCUAAAGUAGAAACAAGUUGGCCGAAGCAAAAGCAAGCGUGAUCUGAAAGCGGAGCUGAAAGGGCGCGCGAAGAGCUGCUGCGUUAUGUGAUCCGUGGCCGGCCACCCCUCCCGGUGGCCGCACGACUGUUAGGCGACCACCGCCCUCCUUCCCGAACCCCUACCGUUCCCACGAGGAACAGCGGGCCUAAGUAUACGCCUUGCGGAACACCCACACGUAAACAUUCACUUGACAAACCACCUCUUAUAAAAAGAGGCAAAAAACACGACACAUAUAUUCAGUGUCAUCUUUCAACAUGUAUAAAGUGAAAUAACUACGUGAAAAGUGAUUAAAUAAAUCUUACUCUAAGUGUGAUUCAUUAUCAAAAGCCUAAUAGAGAACUAUUAUUAUAAAAUGUACUGUUAAAUGGGAGCGGAACGAAGUUCUUUGGAUUUUAGGUGAAGGUAUCAGUAAAAAAGGUGCAAUGUAAUUAUAGCCCUCAGGGCUGGAGCGCGAGCCUGUGAUAAAGUUAAAAAUAGAAAAUUCGCGAGACAAAAUAGAAACGUUUAGAUUGAAUUAGAGGAGGCGACACGACGCUCAUUUCGGCAUUUGAUCACCAAUAACAGUUGAAACAUUAAAGAAUCAUGUUAGUUAGGAACAAAUAUGUGUUUUCAUAUACAUUGACAUAACGACGUAAGUAUAACUUGAUGUUUUUCUAUAAGAUAGCAUUUCAUAUGUCUAGGUUAUAAUGGAAGUUAUCGAGGCUCCGUUAUUUUGUGUAGGACCAAUGUUGCUGUUGAUUUUGAUGCGGUAGCUUGUUUGUUUUUAAAGCUACGAGCUGAACAUUUCCUUUGUGAUAUACAUACGUAAAUGUAAUUUAAAAAUAAUAAUGCACAAUGGUGGACAAUACUAAAAUACGGAGGUCCAUAUGCUAGUUAGUUUCACGUCCAUGUUCGCUAUAGGUGUUAGAUUUUUGUACGUUUACAAUAUGAAAUAAAUGUUGCUUGCCUGUAGAAGUUCGUGAACCAUUUCGUAAAUUAGGAUCAUAAUUCACUGUCAUUGUCGUAAUAAAUAUAAUAAUUUGCCUUUAAUAAUGUCUUUACUAAAAUAUUAUAUUUUUACUAAGUGACAAAGUCCGAGUUUUAAUUUUCAAAAUUAAAAUGAUUAUUUUUCCGACCCAAAUAUCGACCAAUAGAAUUGCACCAUUCGACGUCACGUGGUACAACCUACAUGGUAUUAUACUGAAAAUUUUUUGAAUAUUUUCUCUGGUCGUUGCUACGUCAAACUGACAGGUUGUGGCCGACAUUUGGGACGGAAAAAUAAUCUCCCGAAUACCACACGAGCUUCAUAAUUAUCUGGCAUUUCCCUCAAGGUUCCCUGCAAACAAAUGAAGGAGUCAAGUUUUUCAGGAAAAAUCACUCGCGCUUCGCGCUCGUGAUUUUUUAACCUGAAAAACUUGACUCCUUCAUUUGUUUGCAACGAACCUAUCGGGAAAUACCCGAUAAUUUUGAAGCUCUUGUGGUAUUAUAAGUGAUAAUUGUAAUAUGUAUUUAAAAUACUUUCCUUGUUUUGCCAACAAUCAUUAAACAUAAAUUUUCGCAUACAAACGGCUGGAAUUUUGGCAUAAAAAUAAAAGUUAAAAUAGUAAUAAAAGCCAUUGAGUUCUGUAAUUAUGUUUGCAAGUCACGCGUGUCAUGGCGGAGUCAGGAUUGCUUUCCUGCUCCCAAAUGCGAAGUAAAACCGAAAAAUUAAAACAAGCUAUGAAGAUGUUCAUGACAAGAAUUAUUAUUUGGCAAGUUUAAGUUUAAAUAAAAUUGCAUUAGUUUCCUAAAUGACAGAUUAAUGGUUGUUGGUAAAAUCAGGUAUAAUUCAAAAUAAGUACAUUAUUUCUAGUUAGGUGAAAAAAUUCUACAUAAUAUUGAACAAAAAAUUAAAAACAUUAUUUUUAUUAUAAUUAUUUUCGAUUGUUUAAAGUAUUGUAAGUCGAUAUCAAGCUUUAAAUUCAAUGUUAGCUUUAAUUAUCAUUAUAUUUAAAUAUUUAAAUUAAAACAUGUACCUAGUUUUAGUAUUUUUUCAUUGAAAAAGAAAAUCGGACAACAUUAUUAUUUACCACAUUUUUUUUUCUUUUUAUUUAUGAACGAUUGUACAUAUCACGUAAGUUUUGUAUAAAUAAGAACUCUGACAACAUUUUUGAAUAAAUACUUUUUUUUACAGUUGGAAUAAUUAUUUUUCAAUUGGAAAAAUAAAUGAGUUUAUUUGGUAUGGCUUUAUAACAUUUUAUUUACCAUUAAAAUGUGCACGAAAUUAAAUGAAACUACGAAGUUAGUAAUUAUUUACGUAGAAAACGUAUAUAUUAUUUGGAUUUAUGUGCACCGUAGCAGAUAACAACUUUGACUGGCAUUCAAUUAUCUCGAUUUAUUCGAAAGAAA